AUGGAGUGCAUGGAGGGCGGGGAGCUCUUUGAUCGAGUCACGAAGCUGAAGAAGUUCACGGAGCUCGAUGCUGCAAACGCGGUGGAGCAAAUGCUUUUGGCUUUGAAUUACAUCCACAGUCAUGGCAUUGUUCAUCGCGAUCUGAAGCUGGAGAAUUUCCUGUACGAAGCCAAAGAUAGCGACCAGUUGAAGUUGAUCGAUUUCGGCUUCAGCAAAGUGUGGGACCCCAACAUCAAAAUGCACGUGAGUUGCGGCACUUUGGCCUACGUUGCUCCAGAGGUGUUGAAGAAAGCCUAUACGAACCAAUGCGACAUGUGGAGCCUUGGAGUCAUUGCCUUCGUGCUCCUUUCGGGCUACAUGCCCUUCAGCGGCUCCGAAGCGGUGCAGACCCGGAACAUCUCCACCGGGCACUAUGUCUUGAAGCCAGAACGAUGGACUCCAAUUUCUUUGGAGGGUCGACAGUUCGUGAAAGCCAUGCUUGAGGUCGAUCCUGCCAAGCGGCUCACGGCUGGACAAGCACUUCAGCAUCCCUGGAUUGCCCAGAGGCAUGCUGACAUGGAUCUCGACAAGGGAGUGGUGGAGGCCCUCCGAACCUUCGCUCACUCCUCGAAGUUUCGAAGAUGUUGCUUGGAAAUGAUGGCGUGGUCUCUGAGCAAUGACGACCGUGCACAGGUGCGCAAGGAGUUCCUUGCGCUUGACAAGUCACAGCAAGGAACCAUUAAGCUUCGAGAUCUCAAGCAGGUCCUGGAAGAGAAGUUGCAUAUCUCCAACGAGGAGACCAUGGAAAUUUUUGAUGCUCUGGACACCAACCACGACGAGGAGAUUCACUAUUCGGACUUCCUAGCUGCCAUGGUGAGCACACGAAUUUCGGUGCACGACCAUCUGUUGCAGGCAACCUUCAAGAAGUUCGACGUGGACAGUUCGGGGUACAUCACGGUGGAUAACCUUCGAGAUGUGUUGGGAGAUACUUUCGAAGGGGAGCAAGUGGAGAAGCUUCUUGCAGAGGCUGACCUCUUGAAGGACAAUCGGAUCAGUUUCGAUGAGUUCAAGCAGUUUGUUCGCGGAGACAAGAUGGACAUGGCAACCAAGGUCAUUGACCAAGAGAUCCAAUAUAUCCAUCAGCGGGAACGACAGCGGAGUAAAGAGAGCACUGCUGGCGGCAGCGAGAUCUUCAAAGGAAACUCGGGCAUCAUCAAAGGAAAUUCGGCCCUGAACGUGAUGCCCAAGCACGCUGCGGCCGUGGUGAUGCCACCUGAAAAGCCCCCGAUCAAAAAGGAUGAGGUGACCAUGACUCAGUCCACCGUCGCCACCGGAGAUCCUGCAGGAGCUCAACAAUCGAAUCCAGUUGCCCGGCACAUCUCUGAUUCCAUCGUGAAGCAGGAGUUGUGCUGCGUUGUCUCGUGA